AUGUCGAGCAUUCUUGAAAAGCUUUUCUCUUUGGACGGCCGUACGGCUGUGGUGACUGGAGGCACCAGAGGCAUCGGCCAGGCCAUGGCAUUAUCGCUGGCGGAAGCGGGUUCAGAUAUCAUUCUCAUCCAAAGAGACGAGAGCAACACGGAAACCAAGAGGCAAAUCGAGGCAAUCGGCAGGACGGCCACCGUCUACACGGCGGACCUGUCCAACCAGGACCAAGUAGAGGGCCUGACGCAACGGAUCCUCGCCGACGGCCACGACGUCAGCAUCCUCGUCACCUGCGCCGGCAUCCAGCGCAGACACCCGGCCCACCGGUUCCCCAUGGGCGACUGGGACGAGGUGCUGCAGGUCAACCUGAAGACGGUCUGGACCCUCUGCCGCGACCUGGGCGCCUACAUGCUCACGCGGCCACCGAACCCGACCACCGGCCACCGCGGCAGCAUCAUCAACGUCGCCUCGCUCGUCAGCUUCCAAGGGGGCAUCACGGUGCCCGCGUACGCGGCGGCCAAGGGCGGCAUCGCGCAGCUCACAAAGGCCCUGAGUAACGAGUGGGCGGGCCAGGGGGUCAACGUCAACGCCGUGGCGCCGGGGUACGUCGCCACGGACAUGAACGAGGCGCUCAUGGGCGACCCCGGGCGCGCGGCGGGCAUCCUGGCGCGGAUCCCCGCGGGCAGAUGGGGCACGCCCGAGGACUUCAAGGGCGCCACGGUGUUCCUCGCGGGGGCGGGGAGCCUGUACGUUUCGGGCGAGCUGCUGACCGUCGACGGGGGCUGGAUGGGCCGGUGA